ACAGAAGGAAAACUGCUGCUGGGUAUGCCUUUUCUUUUCCCGAGUGACCAAUGGAUGGAGGAGCCAUUUUCCAACCUCAUGGUUCACUGUGGAGGUGAAUGGAGAUCACUGCUGUUGUCUCCCAUGGGGACGGAGCUGCCACCAGCAGUAGAUGACACCACUGGUACUUCAUCUGAGAACCACUCUUGAUCUGGGAGCAUCUGAUGGUGCCCUGGUGUUCCUGCUCUCUUUCCAACACACAUAAUGCUGUUGUGUUUCCUUCCUCCUGCCAGAUGGUUGCAUCUGAAGUGUCAGACUGCAGCUCCUCACCUUCACAUGGAAUAAUCACCCCCUUUUCCCUCUUACUCCUCUGGCUUGUCUGUUCCCCUAGUUCCUAAUAAUUUGAAGGGUUGUUCAGUUUUUCUUCUUUUCUCAAUCCAAACACAGCAGUGCCAAUCGUUUCAUGGUGACCUCCAGCUUACAGCAGUUCCCACUCUCCCUAAUGCUGCCUUAGUUCUUUGGGGACAUAAACUAGUGAUUAGUGACUGGGUUGUCAUCCUGCCAUAUUACUCUUUGUUGUAGCAUCUGAUCUUUAAUCCGAGAGCUCAUCAUCCCUGAAGUGUUCUGACACCUUUUCAAGCCAGCCCUUCUGCUGCUGCUGCUUUCAGUCUUCGUUUUCAGAAUCCUUCGUGUGCAGCUCCGUAUUGAUCCCUGUGUGAAGGAGGCACAGUCAAUAUAUGGAUCAUUGUCUCAGGACAGGGAGCUCUGCUGAUCACUCCAGGCAAAAGGGAGUGUAGCCCACACCCUUCUCAUUCUUACCAGACUGGGAUUAUUUGUUUGGAUGGAUUUAUCCAAGAGGGUUUUGUGCUCAGUCCCGUUCCAGCAAGGACCAGCAAAGAGACAUUGAACUUUCCUGAGUUAUGAAUCCAUUUCCCAGCAUGGCCACUUUCAAAAUGGAGGUUGUCUGAGCUCUUUCCUUCCAUUAGCCCACAGAUUCCUCCUCCCUUUUCUUCUCUGUGUGCUCUGCCUGCAGCCAGAAUGGUCUGCUGUGGGGUUACCCUGUUGCUAAUGCUCAGACCCCAGGGAUGAUGAAUUGCAGCACACACUGUGCACCUCAGCUGGGACUGAGGCAUCCUUCUUUCACUGCUCUGGGCAGGGGAAGGAACAGGAGUUCCAUGGCUGCUUCACAGGUCCUUGCCUUCCCUCCUUCUUGGUCUUUGUCUUGAUGGGAACAUCUGCUGCCUUCUAAACCAAAGCCUGGAGUGGCUUUUUUUGGUGUAUACUUCCUUCUAGAGGAUCAAUUUUGAUAUGAACCUGUGUUUUUUAAGCUUUUAGAGCUUGCACUGAAGCACCCUAGAUGCUCUGGCUCACAAGGAGGAUCGCAACAAGACGUCGGCAAUGACUGUGUCGUUCUGAUGCUCUGACUUCCUUCUGCCAUCAGAUGCUCUCAGUCAGCUCAAAGGCAUCACUUAAUUACCUGCUUGCUCCCUACCUAGGCUGAACUUGAUGAACAACAUUUCCAUGUCCCUCAGCCCAGGGAGCUGCAGAUGUUCUGGAUUGCUUUUCAGGCCUCAGCCCAUUAUUGCUGCCUGAACUUCUGACCACGCACUGAAUGCCAAAAGGCAGGAUCCUGUUCUCACCAUCCACCUGUCUCACCUCUUCCUACCUCACUUCUGCUACUUACACACCUCCAAGGCUCCUUUGCUGCUUGCUCAGCUCUGAAUUUCUUGCCUGGCCCCUCUGAACCUCGUGAAUGUGGUGGGGCCUUAGGGAGAAGCUGACAUAGUGGUGGAUGGCCAUUUCUGAUUGCAUCUCCAAAGAAUGGCUCAGGUCCUGAAGGUGCUGUUGUUCCAGCACAGCAUGAUGUGUGUGUUUGGGGGUUAAAAUCCUUCAGUUAAGUGAGCGUGUAAACCAUAAAGACCUGAGGUCUGAAGCUGAUGAGAGGAUAAAUAAUUAGCAGAGCGCUGAAGGUAAGAUGGAAACUCCACCACAUGCACUUAGAGACUGAGGGGAAGGUGCAGAACCCAAAGAGCAGAGCCCUGGGAGAGCUGCUGAAUACACCUAACAAGAGUUCUUCUUGCACAGCACAAUUUCCAGUGCUACCCUGUGUGGAUUUUGUUAACUUUUGCUUUGAAAUGAAACUAAUUACAUUUACUGGUGGGGUUAAGAGGUGUGUUACACUCUUAAGAGAUGUCUCAGCCAUAUCUUUCUCUUUCCUUGAAGGCCUCGGUGGGCAGGCAGAGCCCGAGGGUGGUACCAUACCCAGCCCACAGCCUUUGUCCUGGAGAGGCCAGCCUUCAGAGCGCAGCAGUUGUGUCAAUGGGCUCAGCUGAUCACCGACUGAACCUAGCAGAGAUCCUUUCGCAGAACUACGGCGUACGGGAAGAAAGGGAAGAAGAAGAUGAUGCUCAGGAGAAACAGAAGUCUUUAGAAGAGCUGGAGAAGAGUUUCAGUGCCUCUCAGCUGCUGUUGUUCUCGGUGAUUGUUCCAUGCCUGAUGAAGCUUUGUCCUCCUCUCGCUCAGAGCAGUGAAAUGCCAUUUGAGGAGCUGCUUGCACUUUAUGGCUAUGAGGCAUCCGAUCCCAUUUCAGAGCAGGACAGCGAGAGCAAUGACAUUCCUCCAAAUCUCCCUGAUAUGACUCUGGAUAAGGAACAAAUAGCGAAGGAUUUGCUUUCAGGGGAAGAAGAGGAGACACAGUCUUCAGCAGAUGAUCUGACUCCAUCAGUCACGUCCCACGAUGCAUCAGACCUAUUCCCAAACCAGCCUGGCUCAAACAACUUCCUUGCUGAUGAAGACAAAGAGCCCUGUUCAUCUCCAUGUGCUUCCUCCAUGGCUGAGGAAUCAGAGGAGGAUUCCAUGCCAUCUAGCGAGUGUAAGAAGGACAUCAGUAUUGGACCUCAGUUUCAAGCCACCGUUCCCAUCCUGCACUUAAACAGGCACAGUGAAAAAGCCUAUGAAAAUGAAGAUCAGCUGCUUUGGGACCCAAACAUCCUACCUGAAAGAGAGGUUGAAGAGUUUCUAUACCGUGCUGUGAAGCGGCGGUGGGACGAGCUGUCUAGCAGCAGCCUGCCAGAAGGAGAGAUGGUGAAAGACAACGAACAGGCUUUGUACGAGCUGGUGAAAUGCAACUUCAAUGCAGAAGAGGCAUUACGGAGGUUACGGUUCAAUGUGAAAGUUAUCAGAGAUGAGCUUUGUGCUUGGAGUGAAGAAGAAUGUAGAAAUUUUGAACAUGGCUUCAGGGUCCAUGGGAAAAACUUCCAUCUUAUCCAGGCAAACAAGGUCCGUACUCGGUCAGUGGGCGAAUGUGUGGAAUAUUACUACAUGUGGAAGAAGUCAGAACGCUACGACUACUUCACUCAGCAGACUCGUUUAGGAAGGAAGAAGUACGUCCUCCACCCUGGAGCCACGGAUUACACUGACAAUGAUUUGGAUGGGGGUGAGGUGGAAAACGCCAGCCGCUCUCGGAGCUCCCCACCCAUUCCCUCUGCCACCAGCUGCCUGGACUCUCACUUUGGCCAAGACCAGCUAGCAAUUGAGAGCACAGAGCCCCUGAGCGUGGAGAGCACAGCCUGCAGCCUGGGCAGCAUGAGUGAAUCGGGACAGGGCUACGAGUGCAGUACUCCUUCAGAGACGAAUUGUUCCUUUGACCCUGCAGAGGAAACCUCCUCAGGCACCAUCUCUGCUUCCUGCACACGGCAUGCUGUCACCCCCUCGGACACGGGGCUCUUUGCUUUGCCACCAGCAGGACCAGGACUGGCAGAGAAGCAGGAGACAUUACAAAGCUCUGGUGAGACGAUAACCAUGGACUUCACUCUCCCUGCAGACAUUAAUGAGGGUUUGCCUUUAAUUGCUGGCCCUGUGGAUUUGGGCAGAGACCCAGAGGCAGUGGUGGCCCCUGCUCAAGUGUCCUUAUCGGUCACAGAUUUUGGCCUCAUUGGCAUCGGAGAUGUAAAUAGUUUCCUGACUGCUCAUCAGGCCUGCUCAGCACCUGUGGCUCGGUCAGAGCCUUUGUCACAGUGAGAAUCUUCAGUCACAGACCUGUCACGGACCCAGCAAGGACUUGGACCUGACUGAGUCAAAUCCUGGAACUUCCACUGUUCUGUAGGGACAGUUUGGAGCUCUUGGUCAGAAUCCGUCUUUCCAUCCUCCUUGAUCCAAGGCUACAGUGAAACCAAACACAUUUCUUCUCCAGCGUGUUCUGACACAGUCAUGCAAAGCUGGUGGCUGGCUUGAGUGAGGGGGGAGGCUCAUGACCCCCCCAUUUCGUUGACCAUGUGUUACCCCAGGUAAUGCCAGGCUGUUGGGAAAAUCCCUGCCCUCAGUACAGGGGAAGUGCCCUUUGGCCCAAUGGGACAGUGUGAGUGAAGAGAUGUUUUGAAAACAGGGAUGUAUUACGGGCACUUCAGGGCUUGGACAGAGGGUCUGAGAGCUUAGGAAAUCAGCAUGGAGCACAGUCUGCUUGGGCUGGAGGGCUGUUCACCAGCAGAGGUGAACAUGAUGAUGCCAAAGGAAGGUGAGGAGUCCUGGCUGUUCACCCACAUGUAGUGCAUUGCAAUAGAAGCCACUCUCCCCCCUCCCCUUCUCGCAGAUUUCCUGCGCUCUGAGCUGUGGGUCGUGGUGGUGCAGACACUGCUGUUCUCAAAGCUCCUGCAGUGUGCAUUUCCCUCUGCCCACACUGCCCCCAGCUGCAGGUGCGAUGGUGCAAACUCUUUCAGUCCUCUAGCCAAAGCUUCAGGGCUUGGAAAUGGACGCUGCAAUAGUAUGGUGCAUGCUUAAGCCUUUCCCACCUUUCUUUGCAGAAGAAGGGAAUGGUUAUCUCUGAGUUGAAUCUCGCUUUGGACAGUGGCUGGAGCUAGAAUUGUGAAGGUGAAUACGGAGAAGCAGAAGGUGCCAGCACAGGGCAGCUGUCAGCUGUUCUGACCCCACCACUGGCCUGCGUCUCCCCGGAGCAGUGACACCAAAUGCAGGACGGAUGUGUGUGCAUCCUGGGAGGGUGACAGCUUUCAGCCCCUGUACUGCUGGAAUCAGAGAAAAUUGCCCACAGCAGCACCAGACAUCCUCACUGCCACUUUGAGCACACAAUGUGCAACUCAGCCCCUGGGGCCCCCAGUGAGUGCAGGGCAUCAAUGCCAGCACCGAGACCCAGCAGAAGAGCACACGGCAUUCCUUUCCCUUUCCAUCCACCUCUGUUCUAAAACAUUACCCCAAACUCUCAUAAAGGAGAGAAGGGGAUGUCUGUACUGCCAUUAGCACUCAGGAGGUGAUGGGGUGGGUAGGAGGUGGCCUGCUGCUGUGCAGAGAGCUGUGGUGGCCGAUUGGUGUCACAGAUGUGUGCCAGGUCUAGGGUUUGUCCCUGGCUUAAAUCCACUAAUGGUUCUCAUUCCCUUUUCCCGUGCAGGGAAUGCUGUCUGCUGACUUGCUAGGCAGGGCUCUGGUGCAGAUGUUCCCUUCCUCCAGACAUUUUCUGUGUUUGAGAAAGGGUUUGGGUUAAGAUUUUUUUGCUUAUUUUGGUAGAAGCCUUCAGGCUGUGAUCCUGCAGUUGCUUCUGCUGCCAGUGGAUUUGGAAGAUGACUAAAACUAUUAGCCUGGAUCUUCGUUUUACCUGGCACGGUGAGGCUGCACUCCUGCGGAGGGAGCACAGAGACAGCGCCAGUCAGCUUCAAGGGAUGGCUUAGGAUCAGACCUCGUCUCACCUUCUGAGCCCCAGACCUGUUCCCCUAUGCCAGCAGGGGGUUGUUUCAGUCCCAGCCAACGCUGAGCUGUGCCAAGAUCCUGACACAAUGCUCUUGUGACCGGGCAUCGCUCUGCGAACCACAUAUGGUAAAACAGAGGUCUUUGGCUGCACCCAGCUGCUGGAAAUGGAAAGCAAAUCCAAAUGCCAGCUCCAUAGUGGAACUUCCCAGGCUGUGAUUCCCCCUUUCUGGGGGAGAGAGGAAGCUCCUUGGCUGGAAGGGGAGGAGGGGGCAGGGAGAGAGCAGCUGCAGCCCUCCCAGGGAGGGCCAGGCCUUGGCUUCUCCUCUCCAUCCGCCAAGAAGGUUUUUAGUUUUCCUGAAACUAUUUUUUCUUGGUUUGUUUCAAGCCCCGAUGAGAGCAGAGGGGAGGCUGGAGGAGGCAGAAGUGUCUCUUAUUUAUAUUAUUCAGUGUUGUUUACAGAUUCGCAUGGGGUCUUUCAACGUGUCAACAGGAGAGCGCGGCGCAUUUUUCCACAUCACUUUAAAGGGAGAGGGGUGGAAAGGGCCGGGAUGGGGAGGGGAGGCACAGGGGGAGGAGGUUUUGAUUUUGUUGGGGUUUUCUUUUUUUUUUCCUUCUUACAAAGCACAUUCACUUGGAGAUGCUCCCAGUGCUGGACUCUUUCCCCCUUCCCACCUUCAUGCCCUACACUGUGAAGUGAUACUGCCUUGAAGGCCCCUCGCCGUUAUUUAUUUAAUUAAAAACCUAAUUUGAAAGCGA